AUGACGUUUCUUUUUGGUGUCAGCCACUUUUGUCGCUCUUGCGCUCAGGGAGGGAGAUAAAGCCGGCAGUCUAUCUGUGGUAGAGCAGCCGCACACACCUUGUUGGAUUUAAAUCUGUGGAUUUAUUCCCUGUGAGCGCCAGAGAUUGAUUCACGCGCUUUCCAAGCAUCCUUUGAUUUCCAGUUCUGCAUAUCAGCCCCACGUCAGAAAAGAUGAAGCAGUGGCUGAUCAGUGGUCACGAGGUGGUGGCCAUGGACGACGAGUGGUUGGAGAGGAUAAAGAAGCAUCAAAGUAUGCAGUAUAAGCACGGAGUGGUCCGCCUUAUGCCCGAGGGGUGGCUGUACCCUGCCGCCGCUCCUGUCUUCCUUGAUAAGCUGCAAACAUUUGAGUUUCGCUCAGAGGACGUGAUGGUGGUGACCUUCCCCAAGUGUGGCACAACGUGGAUGCAGGAGAUCCUGUGGACCAUGUUGCAUAAUCCCAACUUGGACAAUCCGGAGGCCAGCAAGGAGCUCUUGCUUCGCUCGCUUGACAUCAGCUGUGAUAUGAUGCUAGACGCAGACUUGUGGGACGUCGUGAAACUGCAUUCAUUUGAAGAUUUAUUCAACACACUGUGUCCGGGAAAGAGUCUUGAGGACGGACUGAACAUCCAAUGUCUUGAGGCGACCCCUGGAAGGCGCGUCAUAAAGAGUCACUUUCCGUUACAGCUAAUGAGAAAAGACCUCCUUGAGAAAACAAAGGUUGUCUACGUGGCAAGAAAUCCCAAGGACGCCAUUGUAUCUUUAUACCACUUCAUGCGUGUGCUUCAAGUGUUCAAUUACACUGCGUCUUUUGAAGACUUUACCAGAGACUUCAUGAACUCUGAACUCGUGUAUAUGCCGUACUGGCCGCAUGUGAAAGCAGCCUGGGACCUCAGACAUCACCCAAACCUGCACUUUGUCUUCUUCGAAGAUAUGAAAAGUGACAUCAUGACUGAACUAAAAAAACUGAAUGAAUUUACGCAAGCAAACUUAAGCCUCAAACAACUUGAAAACAUUGCAGACUACACCACAUUUUCUAAAAUGAAAUCCAGAGGAGAGCCUAUUCAGGAUCCCAUGUAUCACAAGGAUCUUCUGGAGAAGCACGGAGCUUACUUUAGGAAAGGGUUGACCGGGGACUGGAAGAAACACUUCACUCCGGAGCUGCUGGAAGAGGUCGACCGGUGGAUUGAGAAGAAUGUUGAAGUGACUGGCAUAUGCUUCUAGUGAAUCAUGAAUGUGCCUCAAACUGCCUUACAGCUUCUGUAAAUUUUCAGUGAUGAUGUGCUGUAGUAUGCAAUAGUUUCCAAUAUGUCACACACACACACACACACACACAUAUUCUUUACAUUUUCAGUUUAACUGCCUAAAGAAUAAACCGUUUAUUAUUAUUAUUAUUAUUAUUAUUAUUAUUAUUAUUAUUAUUAUUAUUAUUAUUAUUAUUAUACACACACACACAGAUGGGUAGAUAGAUAGGUUUAUUGGCUACCAGCUGAAUGCAGAGUUAAAAAUGGUUGUUAGAGAUAGCUUUAUAUGAUCAUUAUAAUUAUUUACCCAUUAUUUCCCACACAUUAUCUGCCUGCAGUCCAAGAAUAUUUGUUAACUGCGAAGCAGAAUCUAACAGCUACUAAACUAAUUAUCUGAGCAAAUAAUUAUAUAACUAUCACACUGUUCCACCACACGGUCACCCACACUAAAUGAUUUCUUUUUAUCAACCUCACCGUUUAUGACAAAAACAUUUACUCUCAUACCAUGCUCUUGACAUUAUAUGGAAAACAAUAAUUCUUGCUCUGAGGUCACAUAACUUGCCUAUUACUAGAUGAGAAGCUGUACUACGUUACGCAUUACAUUCUAUACGCUCAUUGCUUUGCGCAGCAAGUAAUGUUACUUCCCAUGAGCGCCUCUUUAACCAUCAACGAAAGACAAGUACUGCCCUCUCUGUGCCAAUGGCUCACAGUACCGGGACCAGUUCUAGUAAAGCAUCACGCACGACAUUCCAAGUAUGCACCUACUAUGGCUGACGAAGCAGAACCCUUCGAAAUUAACCCACGGUGUGCUCUUGUACGCUUUCUCUGUGGAAAGGAGACUUCUCAUUGAAACUUGUUUCACUGAGGGAUUUAACACCCUGUGGGGACGCACCGACUAUCGAAGAUGGCCUGUGUAAAAGCGAUCAAAAUGUUAAAGAGGAACAAGCACAUCUACCUCUAAACAUCUCUCCUGAUGCUCACCUAAGUAAUGGUUCCUUGCUUUGGUGUGGAUAGUAAAGAAUGGGUUGUGGUCAAUCGUAUCCUGAACACAAUUCAGGUGAGUUACAUAUAUGUGUAUUUCUUGCUUCUAUACGGUGUUGAGAUUGUUUGGAUUAUUGUGUCUAUGUAAGAGUAUAAUAUACUCUUGCAACAACAUGACUUUUAUAUCAUAAAUGUUUAUAUUUUAAAUUAUGAUGAUGCAAGUAUGCAAAUCUUUGUCGAUUAAACCUCAUUGUAAGGCACUCGAGUUUUGCUUUUUGACGAUUAAACCUUACUCUAAGGCA